AUGGUCGAGUCCUCCAGAAGAGCUGAUCCUGCGUUCGCUGUAAACGAUGUUGGUCCAAGUGAAGCAGGUGCAGCAAUUGUAAGGAGUUACACAGAGACUGAUUAUCCAUUUGACGAACAACAAUUAUAUGACAUGGGUAAAAGUGACAUGAUGAUUACACUUGUGUCAGCCGUUUGUAGUAACAUUCACCUGAUUGACUUAGGGGAAUGGGAACCCCCUGUACCAAGAGUUUUGAAUUCUGAUGGAUAUGUGAUGGAUCUAAACCCCAAGGGAAAUAAGGAUGUGGGAAGGUUAGAUGAAGUCAUAGCAGACGCUGACAAUAAGACGACUGACCCUGCUACAUUGGCUGUACAAGAUGUGAUGGCAAGAAUGAUAAACUUUACUCGAAAUAUAGUUGAAAAUGACUUGAAUGGGAGUCGAAGCGGCGAUAAGAUGCUUGCGUCGUUAGUGACAAACGCUUUUACAAACCUAGUUGCACAGCCUCGUUAUCUGAACUAUGAGAGUAUGAUCAAUAUCAUAUAUUUAGCGAGGAUAGUUGGCUUUGAUGCCCUUCUGCCGCAAAAUGCUUCCGGUGAUAAUGCAGCCCAGACGGAAACAUCAUCUGGGGAAAUAUACUUUAUGUUUCAAGAGAUAGUGCGAGCUUCUGUACCUGAUGAUUUUAUAGAAAUAAGACCCGUUGGUAACCUUGCUUCAGGUAGAAAUAAUAUUGAUGAGAUGUUGUUAGCAUUAUCUGAGAAUAUUAGUUUAUACGACUCUCAGUUGUCACCCGUAGAACGGGCGUAUCUGUACGUGCGGAUGCAAAAACAUCUCAAAUAUAACACAGAGGAGAAAAAGAAAACGGCAAAGGAGGCUGCAAACAUGACACUUGAACUAGCGCAAGAAGUGCAGAACCAGUGGAAGCUUUGUAGACGAUGCAGUAACGCCCGUAACAGUAAAACAAAUCAGUUACUAAAGAAUGACAAAUCAAACAAAUUUAUGACCAAGAUGACGGCUACGGCCACAUCUAAAUUCCGUAUUGACGGCCUGGGCGAGACGCUAGAAAAUUUGACCUAUGACACCUUUGACACGGUGUCAGUCUCAGCAUUUGAAUUUCAAGAGAAUGUUUACAUGUAUGACAACGACAGCACAUCAAGCUUUGUGACGUCAAAGGUGCUUCGAGUCGAUGUUAAAUCAGUCGAUACGCGUGUAACCCCUGGAUACAUGACGUUUCAACAAACGGUUAUUACACCAAUCCCGGAGUACGUAAUUCCCGAGGUCCACGAAGAGGAUGUGUCAGAGUUUAUGUAUCAUAGAUUGAUUUAUCAGAAGUCAACGGACGAAUUAUGUAUAAUUAUUGAACCACAAGGACUGUACAACUUUACCGAAUACCGUGUGUAUAUAAAAUACAGCUCAGUGCCAUCUAUAAUUGAUUUUGAUUUUAAUGUUUACGUUAAGGGAGACUUUAAUUGGCAGCUAUGUAUUCCACCAGAAAAAAUGAGAAGUCAUACCGGACUUACAUAUAUGGCCGUCCAGUUACCAGGGAACAUGACAUCUGUAGCUUACAACCUGACAAUUGUAACUGUUGGAUGUCUGACUUGGGAAGAAAAGAGAUCAAAAUGGCAUACGGACAAGUGUGAGCUUCAAUGGAAACCAGACGAAAAUCUUGUGUCGUGUUUCUGCAAAGACAUCACUGACCUGGUGUUCUCCAAUUCAUUCUUUGUGGCACCUAACUCUAUAGACUUUAAUACCGUGUUUUUGCGAUUUUCUCCCCUGAACCAAGCGGCCGUUAUAGGGACGUUUAGUGUGCUGUUUGUGUGCUAUAUUGUUGCUGUUAUUUUCUUAUCCGGUUUAGACAGACAGGAUUCGUUGAAGUGGGGAAUAACACCAUUAAGAGACAACACGAUAAAUGAAAUUAAUUAUUACAUAAUAAAAGUAUUUACCGGAAUGAGGCGCGGAGCGGGAACUAAGUCACGUGUCGCAUUUGUCCUGACUGGUUCAAAUGGUAGCACCAGACCACGUGAAUUGUACGAUGGCGUCAGAGAGGAAUUCAGUACUGGCAGUGUCAUGUCCUUCUUCAUGUCAACAAAUCAGCCGCUUGGCGAUUUGUUACAUCUUUAUAUUUGGCAUGACAAUAGUGGCGGGUCACAGGCCGAAUGGUACCUCAACCAAGUAGUUGUCUAUGACAUAGAGACAUUAAAAGCAUACACCUUCGUAGCUGAAAGGUGGCUUUCAGUAAACACCCACAUAGAUGCAUGUUUGCCAUCAAGCCCUUGCAAUUAUCCGAUAAAAUUUGAAUCUCGAUUCUUCUUCCAACUAAGAGACAAGUUCUCGGAAAACCACACUUGGAUUUCAAUAAUAUAUCGCCCACAGACAAGUACCUUUACUCGAGUACAGCGUGUGUCAUGUGCAUUAGCUUUCAUAUUUCUUACAAUGCUUGCGAAUGCCAUGUACUUUAAUCCAGAACCCAAUUAUAUAUCACCUGCCAUUCUUGAAGUUGGACCAUUUCGCUUCACAAAACAGCAGAUAUACAUAUCUAUUAUCUGUGCUGCUAUAACCACGCCUCCAAUUAUGUUGAUUGUAUACAUAUUUCAACAUACUAGACGGAGGAAGCAAACAAAUGACGACCAUAAAAAGAGGGGCAACACAUGUUGCCGAAAACAACGUUCUGCUACUAACGAAGACCGACUUAGAGAAAUACAACUUUCUUCUGAAACACCGGAACUUAACGCAGGACUGGUUUUCCCAUUUUG